AUGGAAAACAGAGGUAACUACUCGAGGUACGACACGCACGUCACCUUCUUUAUGGCUGGAGUCUGCUGCAUGAUCAUUAACUCGGUGGUCGACCUCGAGUCCCUGGUGCUCCUGAGGUUCCUGGGAAACUCGAGUUACGACGCGCAGACGAUCACCUUCUUCCUGAGGAGGUUUAACCUGAUCAUAGGGAUCCUGAUCUCGUGUCUGACCAUAUUCUUCGACGUUAACGUGCGGUGCUCAGUGUGGCACUGGAUGCUCUUCAUCCUGUACUUCCUGAUCACCUUUUACAUAUACCUGCUCUCGAACAACGUGCUGACGAUUUCGAAGUACGGCCUUGCGCCAGUGUUCACGAUUUCGCUGGUGUCGCACGGCCUGCUGGUCUCGACGAUCGUGUAUAUAUUCGAAGGCGCGCACGUGAAGUACGACAAAAACGUGGCGCUGUGCCUGAUCAUUUUCCUCUGCGGCUGCUUCUCCUCAGGGCUGCUGGUUAAGUUGCUGCUCAAGUUCAGCGGAGACAUAAAGGACGACGAGCACUUGGGGCUGCGCUUCUACAAUAGGCUCUUCGUGCUGUUCACGUUCAUAAACCUGGUAUCCUGCUUCUUGAUGAGUAGGCUUAUAUCGAUGGAUAAGCAGUACGACGGGACGAGCGCGAGCAGCAACAAGUCGCUGAACGCAGUCCUCUUCUCGAGGAGCAGGUGGGUGUUUUUCAUGGGAUGCCUCAGCUGGUCGUUUUCGCCCAUGUUCAACAACUUCACAGCCUCGGUGAUUAACACGCUCACCUCGAUGGAGGCAUUUAACCUGGAGUACCUGCAGUUCAUCAUCUGCCUGGCAUUCAGCUUCGGCCUGUACCUGUUGGUUAUCACGGACAUAGUGAUCCUGAAGGUGGGAAACAGCGGCACGCGCUCGAGUGAGACGCUGACGGAAGUGAUAUGUAAGGCCAUGAACAUCACAAACGAAAUGAACCCGAGCAUCGUGAUCGAGGACGGAAUAGUGGAGGACCUGGUGACGAACGACGCGAUCAACAUCAGGCUAUUCAGGCCGCUCCAGCCCUGGUGUUACCUGCAAUGGGGGUUCUGGAUCGACUGGGAAAACUACGACUCGAUCGACAACCACAGGCUGAUCAAGGUGAUGAAAAUAAACAUGAUGGUCUCGAAGAUCAGGGAUGGCUUCGCGCCAGUCGAUGACGCUGGCGCCGUCCACAUAGGCGGAGACUUGCACGAGGAGUUCCUGGAAGUCAUAGACGCAAAGUACACGCUCACCUGGGAAAUAACCUGCUUCAUAAAGCAGUGCACCGAGACUCUGAUGGAACUGUCCGACGUGUUCCACGUGUGUUGCCCAGCAAAGGGAGGCAGCUGUGAAGGCGAUGAGCACGGCGAGUGUGCACACCACGCGCCAGAUUCUACUCAUGGAAACAGAUCGGGAGGGUGCGUUUUGAUGUGUUUGAAGAGGUGUUGUACCUCAGACACGCCGUGCCUUAGUAAGUGUUUGAGCCACGCAUUCAGCGAAAAGUUCGUGGACUACGACUGCAUAGCAUGCAGUUACAAGAAUUACCCCUACUAUCGUAAGUUCGUGUACGGGAUCCUGACGACGUGCUUGUCGGAGGCCCAGAAGCUGCUGAACGAGAUCGCAGUCGACCCGGACCUGGACGACCACUUCAAGGUCAGGAAGUCAAACGAGCUGAGCCUCCUGGCGAUUGAGCAGUUCGUGCUGCGGUUCCUCGGCAUCCUGGUCUACGCCAGAGUGGCCGACGAGUUCAUGCUGCUCUUCAAGCAGAUGAAGCACAUUGCUCUUAACACGACCAGGUUGGUGAUUCAGUACAUUUGUAAGCACAAGUGCACCAGUGACUGUCUAGCCAAGGAAAGCACGGAACCUGAAAACAAAGAUAAGGAUGACAAAAAUAAGAGCCACAAAUGCCGAUGUUUGCUGUACAGUAAGUUCAUCCAGGUGGUGCUCAGACUGCACAAGAGGCAGAUACAGGUGUGUGAAAUCGUCAUGGGAAAGAGUAGACUCUCGUUGGCAUCAGUGCUUCCCACGCUGUCGAUGACGAGGUCGCUGGCGCUCUUUUCGCACUUCUUUGGGCGGUUUGUGUGUUCAGAGGCAAUAGCAGAGCACUCAGACUGCAAGUGUGGCUGCAAAACACAAACGCAGGCACAGGAUGACAGAUGUGGCUGUGGAGCGUUCAGCAGCCGCUUGUAUGAUUUGUUGGACAUGAUGACCACAGGGCUCAGUUAUUUGUCGGAGUUUGACGGGAUACUGUCAAUAAUCAUCUUCUUCUACUCAUAUCUGGACGAGUUUCGUCUGGAGUCAAUUCCAGAACCUGCACCAAAUCCAGAACCAAAAGGCCCAGAGUGCACCUGUUGUACUGAUAAGUAUAAGGAUUCGAAGCCUGAAUGUCAAGACUCCACUAAGUGUACGCUGUGUAUAUGUUGUCUGUGUUGCCCAUCUAGGGAAGUUGCUGAAAAGGGGGAUAAAGAGCCGAAAUCAGUUGACAAAUGUUCGUGUAGUAACGCAAUUAAGCAAGUUAAGCAGGAUAAGAAGUGUUGUCUGUGCACAAUAUACUGCCUUAAGUGCAGGCCUAAUACCUCUAUCUGCUGUGUACAGCAGCCGCAAGCGAAGCAAACAUGUUCUAGUACACCUGGAAAAUGUUGUAAAGAUUGCUCCAAGGAGUGUAGAUGCAGUUCGCCCACAUGUUCCCAGAACUGUUGCACGUGUUGUAACAUACAGCACAAACAUGAAAAUAAAGAAUCGGCAAGGUUGUUAUUGGUUUCAGAGAAUAGUAAGAAGAACUUGGAGCUGAUAACGGCUACACGAAGAACAAUGGUACUGCAGUCGCUCUCAGACUACGUUCUCAAGUCAAAUUGGUUUAAGGACAUGUAUAAGAGUCUGAAUGAUGGUCUGGUACAGAAAAAAUUGUUUGUGCUAUACCUGGUGCUGUGUUUUGGACUUUACGUGCUGUGCGUCGUCGGAAACGUGGUACCGUAUGUGCGUAACGUAUCCAAUGUGCCCAAAUUGACGCUGCUGUUCUCAGUCUCCUCAGUCUUGACCAGCGUGUGUAUACUGUAUUCGUUUCUGUGCAUGAGUGAUUUUGGCCCCGACUCGUCUCUUAUCAUCAAUCUCAUGAUUCUCAUAAGUAUGAUACUGUGUAUCGUCUGGUCGUGGACAACGCAGUGGCUAUCGUAUCGCAUUCUUUUAUAUCAGCAAUUUGAAAUAUUUUACAAUAAAUUCAGGCUAAUAUAUACAGGUGGAGUUAACAUAUAUGAGCCGAAGCUGACAUGGUGGUUCGAAGGGUUUGUAAGCUUCAUAAAAAGCGACUUCCACACUAUGUACCUGAUUUUUCUGCUGAAGGAGUUCAAGGAUAACUACGACCCGUACUCGUUCGGGUUCACGUCUAGGCUGAAGAUGAACUACACCCUGCUGAAGUCGUACAACACGGACUUCGGAGAUACGAACGUGAAGACGAAGUUUAACGAACACAUGAUGCAGUACGACGACUUCAUCAAGCACGUCGAGAAGCACAUCCUGGACCCGCAUAACCUGGGCAAGGACGUGGACCUGUACGACCUGCUCGACUACAGAGCAUUUCAACUUAUUCCGAAGGACUCGUACCACUUUUUGACGGACCUGCACACAUUUGAGAAGAUGACGUACUCAGUGGACAUGCUCUACGCAGCCUGGAACAGAGACGUUAAGAUGACGCGUCUGGCCGAAAGACUGCAGUACCUGCGAGAGGGCGCACUGAAGACAGUGGAAGAGAUGGUUCAGAGCGAAGUGAAGAGAAACAACUACGACAGAGACUCCAUCAGGAAGCUGAAGCACUACUUCGACUUCAGAACGGAGAUCCUGACGCACCUGGCGCAAAACUGCCUCCACGACUACAUAACGCACGGCUCGAAGCUGGCCUCUAUUCAGCUCUCGACGCUCAUCUCGAUCUACGAGCUGGAGUACUCGAAGCGCUGGUCGACCUACUCGAACGCAUUGAGCCCGGAGGCGAGCGACUUAGAAGCGCAUUUGGCAAUGAAGGAGGCGGAAAGACCGAAGACAGUUGUGGAGGAGGUCGAGCACGUGCCGCUGAAGUCGGAAACUGUCCUGAAGAAGUUUAAAAAGUGGAAGCGCAGAAAACUCGACACCUGCGACCAGGCCUACGACGGCAGCCUGAUAUGCAAGCUCAUCGUGAACAAGGCUGGCGACGAGUUCGAAAUGCUCGUCUUCGACAAGGAGUACGUGGACCCGAUCAACGACUUGGUGAGCCUCAUCUCGAAGCGCCACCGCAGCGAGGAGGCCACGGACGAAAUCGAGGUCGCCAAGUACCUCUCACACGUGAGCAAGACGCGGGACGUGAUUGAGCUCGACAAGGUCAAGUCGGAGAUCGCGAACCUGAUUCUCAAGGAUACGAGCAACUACGUGGGCUCCCUCAUCAAGGGCUACGUGUCAGUCUGCAAGAGCAUGGUCCAGGAGUCGAAUAUGCAGGACUUCAUGUCCAGAAACAACGAGAUUGUGAUCGGGGAGUGGAUUCGCUGGCAGGGCCAGCACGUGAGCUCGGACGUGAUAGAGCUCUUUUCGAGGUUUUCCACGAUUGAGCCCUCGUAA